AUGACUUCUAUAAAUUUCAAAUCAAAAGGAGAUAAUGACUUUAGAAAAGAAGUUGAAAAAGAUGAAGCUAUCGAAAAUGAAAAAAAAGACCUUUUCAAAAAAAUGAACCAGAAGAUAAUGGUUCUUGAAAAGUUGAAAAAUGAUGAACCAGAAGUUAAUGGUUCUAGGAAAGAAGUUGAAAAAGAUGAAGCAUUUGAAGAGGAGGAAAAAGAGGUUGAAAAGAUGGAUCUCUUCAAAAAUGAACCAGAAGAUAAUGGUUCUAGAAAAGAAAUUGAACCAGAAAAUUUUCGGGACUUUGCUGGUCAAUACAUUUAUGAUACCAAUGAAGAUACCCAAACGGCUGAUGAUAUUGAAAGGAUAGAGGGAUCGGAUUCAAACAAAUUCUUGGACCUUCAUGGAUAUAAUAAUGAGUUAGUGGAAAAUGACGCCUUCUAA